AUGAUUUCAUCUUAAAAUUUCGAAAGCGACCCUUAUACACUAAUUAUAACUAAAAGACAAAUAUUUGGUUCUGAAAAUGAAUCUAAUUUGCAUAAAAUAAAUAAGUAGCAUUCUCUGAUGAAUUAAGAGGACAAUUUAAGUCAAGAAAAGUAAUAAUUUUUUCAAUAUAUGAUUUAAGCAAACACUUGAAUUUUAUAGAGCUGAUUUAAUCAAGAAGUUCUAUGAUUCCAACUGUUAAAGUAUUAUCACCUGGAAAUGAAUAGAUAUUGUAAAAUGAGGAUGGGUUUUAUUUGUAAUCUAGUUUGCAUCUCAAUGAGGGGUAAGGUAUUUGUGUUAAUAGAGAGUAUGAAUCCUAUUUGGCAGAAGGGAGGCUUGAAAAUUAUCAAUUAUGUUGCGAAGUUCAUAUAUCAACUGAAAACUAAAGCAGACAAGCUAAAGAUAAAGCUAAUGAAUCAUGACAUAUUUAUGAAAUUAGGGGAUAAAAGUGGUGAUUUUUAAAAUUUCAAGAAAGGCAAUCAGAAAUAAAAAUUAAAUAAUUUAAUACACCUAAUUUUUAAUAAGACGAUUUUCUAAAUUAUUUAAAUAUUGAAUUUAAUCAGCCAAAGUUUAAAUAAAAUCACCAUUAUCUAUCCUGAAAGUACCUUCAAGAUAAUUUGGGAUUCCGUUGUGGUAUGUUUCAUAGUUAUUAACAUAUUUUUUAUCCCUAUGAGUUUGAGCUUUGAAUUGGACAAAUCUAGUUAAAUAUCCACCUUAUUAUUUGAAACUAUUCCCAGUUAUAUUUUUAUUGUUGAAAUACUUCUGAACUUUAACACUGCCUAUUAUAGUCAAGGAGUUAUCCAUACCAAUAGGAGCCACAUCUUUUUCCAUUAUUUAUCUAAUAAUUUCAUUUGGGAUUUACUAAUAGCAAUACCAUUUAUUUUGGCCUAAUUUAAUAUACCUUACAUUCAAUUUAUCUUGCUAUUGCGAAUAGCGCGAGUAAGAUCUAUGAUAUAAAAUGUGGAAGAUCUAUUAAAUACCAAAGAAGAGGUUUAGGCUGUAAUUGAAUUAGGAAAACUAGUAUACUUCUUAGUUUUAGUUGCCCACAUGUGUAGUUGUGGAUGGCAUCUAUUGGGUAGAAUUGAGUAUGAAGUUUAUCAGGAUGAAAAUAGUUGGCUCAUCUAUUAUGGCCAUUACGAUUAGUAGUGGUACGAUAGGUACAUAGUCUCAUUGUAUUGGAGUGUUAUAACGACAUUGACAGUGGGCUAUGGAGAUAUUGUACCACAAACUACAAUUGAAAGACUGUAUGUAGUUAUUGUGGCUAUGGUCUUAUGCGGAGUGUUUGGUUAUAUUAUUUCCAUGAUUGGAGAAAUCUUAAAGACUUUGGGAGAGAAGAAAGCUUUAUUAAAAAAAUCUAUGAAAAAAGUCAACUAAUACAUUAAAUAGAAGCAAUUAAAUUUAUAAUUAUCCCUUAAAAUUAGAAAGUAUUUUGAGUUUAAACAUCAAAUCGAUGAAUAGUUGCAAGAGCAGGACGAUUCUGUCUUAAAUAAAUUAAGUGGAUCAUUAAAAUAGGAAGUACUGAUUGAUAUCUACAAACCAAUCCUUAUGAAAUCAAAAUUUCUAAAGGAGAAUACCCCAGAAUAUCUAAUAAAUAAUUUAUGCCAAAGGAUUAAAUAGGCAACUUUUGCUCCAGGAUAUGAAAUAGUCAAUGUGUAUGAUCCAGCUACAAAAUUGAUAUUCAUUUUAGAUGGCCAAGUUAAUAGUUACUUUAUUUCUAAAGGACUAGAUGCUUUGUAGAGGAAUGAAAAGGAAAAUAACUCUGGGAUGAUGCAACGAAAUUAUUAAAGAGGAGAUAUCAUAGGAGAAUUAGAAUUUAUAAUCAAUUCAUCCUAUCAAUUUUACUUUAAGGCCCAAACGGUUUUAUCUAUUGUAUAUAUUGAAAGAAAUGAUUUCUUAUAAGUUAUCUAAGAAAAUGAAGAAUGCAGAUAAAAAUUUCAUCAAUUAAGGGAAAAGUUAACCUAUCAAAAAACGUAUGGUAGAACUUGCGAUGUUUGCAAAUGGACUCAUAGAUAUAAAGAUUGUCCAUUUGUAUUCUAUCAAACAAAUAUUUAUAAAAUAGCAAGAAAUGCAAAUGCAAGUUAAAAUCAUUAAAGACUUAAAUUUGAUAGACCGAGGGAUUCUAGAAAAAAACAAAAUACAAAUGAUCAUCACAAUAUUUUAAAUUAAAGUAUUGAUUUUAUUAUCAAUAAUGGAUACUUAAAUGAAGAGUAAAUAUAUCUAUAAUUUAUUUUAGUUAAUUAAAUGAAUCCUAUCUCAUUAAACUAGGAUUUGAUAUCUAGGAAGGUUUCUAUGAAAAAUCUAUCUAAUCUCAAGAGAGCUAGUCAUAAGAAUCUCAUUAAUAGGAUAAUCAUUCUGUAGCCCAAAGGAAAUGCUCAUCUCAAAUUGAAAAAGUGAGAGUAAGCUUAAUGAAUUAAAAACUAAAAGCAGGAUUAGUCUAAAAUCAAAAUUUGACUAGAAAUUAAAAUUUCGAUGAUGAUUCAAAUGGAGCAUUGCAGAAUCCAUAAUUUUAACACUAACGUAAGACUGAAAAUGAAAUUCAAAUUGAACAUAAAGAACCUAAAGAACCUUCUAAUUCUAACCCAUUUUCCAACCAUCGUAAUCUAACCAAUAAUACAAUCAAGCAGAAUCACAAUCUCUAUUCUUAAGGAAAUUUAAAAUCUUCAGUUGCAAAUCAUAUAGCAAGAACAGAAACUUCCAUGGCCAAAAAGUCCCUUAUAAGCGUAUAAAAGCCCAUUCAUCAUUCUGUGAAAAUAAAUAACAAUAAUACUAAUAUAGAGAAUGAUAAUGAUAGGAGCCAAUUGCAAAAUUAAUUAUAAACGAAUGGAACCAUUUAUUUUAUUCCAGAAUUAGAGUUCGAUAAAAUGAAAAAUUAUGACUUCUAUUUUCCACACUUUAAUAUUGUGAAUGUUUUAGAAUCCUUGAAAAAAUAUCGCUUUAAUUAAUUUAACGAAAACAAAAAGAAAAAUAUUAAGGAAAAAUUAAAAUCAAUCAGAUAAAACAAGACUAUCAACAAGUGCUUUAAUUCAUCAAUUAGAAAUGUGGAUGAAAGUACUUGA